CCGUUCCAGAAACUAUCUCAUUCUCAUCCCAUUCUGCCUCUAUUUCCUAAUUUUGCAAUCCCAAUGCAAAUUCCAAAUCUAACCCACGCACUCUCACUUCAUGUGACUCUUUGCAUCCUUCACUCUCACUACUCUUUUCUUUUUUGUCAACUUUAAUCGCAGACAAGAAAAAAAAAAAUCUCAACUUGCAUGAUAUUUUCUUCCUUUUCUAUUCAUCAUUGAUUCAUUCAUACACUCCAUACACUUUUCUUCUAUCUCUUUGUCUCUUUCCACUUAAAGGGUCUCUAGUCUCACUCACUUGAGGUAUCAUUUGGCAUCAUAUCUCUUGAUUCUCUUUUGUGGCUUAGAAAUAUCUUCCCAUAUACUUCCACACCCUGAUUUUCUUUUUGCUUAUUAAUCCCUUGUUUUCCCACUCGACCAUUUCUUCAAUUCUUGAUCUUGAUAGAGAGAUUGGUAGCAUUGCUUGAAGUCGGGGGAGGAAAAAGAUAAGGAAUUGGAAAUGGCUGCUAAAGUAGAGGCUAAUGGUGGUGGUGGUGGUGGUGUUUCUCCCAAGGUUCCAGCAGUGGCACAUCCAUUGGCUGAGAAGCCAGAUGAGGUUGCAUCCAAUAUUAGUUACCAUGCUCAGUUCAGUCCUCAUUUUUCCCCUUUUAAGUUUGAGCUGGAACAAGCUUACUAUGCCACUGCAGAGAGUGUUCGUGAUCGUCUCAUUCAGCAAUGGAAUGAAACCUACCUUCAUUUUCAUAAAGUUGAUCCCAAGCAAACUUACUACCUAUCAAUGGAGUUCCUUCAAGGUCGAGCUUUGACCAAUGCCAUUGGAAAUCUGAACAUCCAAGAUGCAUAUGCCAAGGCUUUGCGCAAAUUUGGGCUUGAACUUGAAGAAAUAUCAGAGCAGGAGAAGGAUGCAGCACUAGGAAAUGGUGGUCUUGGUAGGCUUGCUUCUUGCUUUCUGGAUUCCAUGGCAACACUUAACUUUCCUGCUUGGGGGUAUGGUUUGAGGUAUAGAUAUGGACUAUUUAAGCAGAGAAUCACCAGGGAAGGUCAGGAGGAAGUUGCAGAGGACUGGCUUGAGAAGUUUAGCCCCUGGGAAGUUGUUAGGCAUGACAUUUUGUAUCCCAUCAGAUUCUUUGGUCAUGUUGAGGUUAAUCCUAAUGGAAGCCGAAAAUGGGUUGGAGGAGAGGUUGUGCAAGCACUGGCUUAUGAUGUGCCAAUUCCAGGUUACCAAACCAAGAACACCAUCAGUCUCCGCCUCUGGGAGGCAAAGGCGAGUGCUGAGGAUUUCAAUUUAUUUUUAUUCAAUGAUGGGCAACAUGAUGCUGCUUCUGUGCUUCACUCACGAUCCCAACAGAUUUGUGCAGUUUUAUAUCCUGGGGAUACCACAGAAGGUGGAAAACUUCUACGAUUGAAGCAGCAGUUCUUUCUCUGCAGUGCAUCACUCCAAGACAUAAUUUCCCGGUUUAAGGAGAGGAGACAAGGACCUUGGAACUGGUCGGAGUUCCCGACAAAGGUUGCUGUGCAGUUAAAUGAUACUCAUCCAACGCUUACAAUACCAGAGUUGAUGCGAUUACUAAUGGAUGAGGAGGGGCUCGGAUGGGAUGAGGCAUGGGAUGUGACAACUAGGACUGUUGCUUACACCAAUCAUACUGUCCUCCCUGAAGCACUAGAGAAAUGGUCUCAGCCAGUAAUGUGGAAACUGCUUCCCCGCCAUAUGGAAAUCAUAGAAGAAAUUGACAGGAGAUUCACAACAAUGAUAAAUACAAAACGAUUGGACCUUGAGAGUGAGCUUUCCACCAUGCGCAUCUUGGACCAUAAUCCUGAAAAGCCAGUAGUUCGGAUGGCAAAUUUGUGUGUGGUUUCUUCUCAUGCGGUGAAUGGUGUUGCUCAGUUACACAGUGAUAUAUUAAAGUCAGAAUUAUUUGCAAAUUAUGUUUCGAUAUGGCCAACAAAGUUCCAAAAUAAAACCAAUGGGAUUACACCUCGAAGAUGGAUCCAAUUUUGUAAUCCUGAGCUAAGUGGGAUAAUCACCAAAUGGUUAAAAACUGAUAAAUGGGUAACCAAUCUUGACUUGUUAACAGGUCUUCGACAGUUUGCUGACAAUGAAGAUCUGCAAGCAGAAUGGCUGUCUGCAAAGAUGGCUAGCAAACAGCGUUUGGCACGGUAUGUUUUGCAUGUGACAGGGGAGAGCAUUGACCCAGAUAGUCUGUUUGACAUUCAAGUCAAGCGUAUCCAUGAAUACAAGAGGCAGCUACUAAACAUUCUUGGUGUGAUUUAUAGAUACAAGAAGCUAAAGGAGAUGAGCCCUGAAGAACGUAAAAUAAGUACUCCACGCACUGUGAUGAUUGGAGGCAAGGCAUUUGCAACAUACACAAAUGCUAUAAGGAUAGUCAGGCUGGUGAAUGAUGUCGGUGCUGUUGUCAACAGUGAUCCUGAGGUCAAUAGCUACUUGAAGGUUGUAUUUGUUCCAAAUUACAAUGUAUCUGUGGCAGAAGUUCUGAUUCCUGGAAGUGAGCUUUCUCAGCACAUUAGCACUGCAGGCAUGGAAGCAAGUGGCACAAGCAACAUGAAAUUUGCUUUGAAUGGGUGCCUUAUAAUAGGUACUCUAGAUGGAGCUAAUGUGGAAAUCAGGGAGGAGAUUGGUGAGGAGAAUUUUUUCCUCUUUGGUGCCACAGCGGAAGAUGUCCCUCGACUGAGGAAGGAAAGAGAGAAUGGACUGUUCAAACCUGAUCCUCGAUUUGAAGAGGCAAAGAAGUUUAUUAGGAGUGGGGUGUUCGGAAGCUAUGACUAUAAUCCAUUGCUCGAGUCUUUGGAAGGAAAUUCUGGUUAUGGUCGUGGUGAUUACUUUCUAGUUGGUCAUGACUUCCCAAGCUACAUGGAUACUCAGGCAAAAGUUGAUGAAGCUUAUCGUGAUAGGAAAAGAUGGCUAAAAAUGUCAAUCUUAAGCACUGCUGGGAGUGGAAAGUUCAGCAGUGAUCGGACAAUUGCUCAGUAUGCCAAGGAAAUCUGGAACAUAGAAGAGUGCCGCGUGCCAUAAUUUCUGCUGGAUGUCUCUUGCAUUCAAGUUUAUGUAUAGCACAAAGAGAAAGAUAAAUCAAAAAAUAAUAAUAAUAAGUAAUAUACCGAAAAGAGAAAGUGGAGGAGAUAUUAGCUUUCUAUUUAGCUUGUCAUAUAAGAUUUCAUCAGUAUUCUUAUGUUAAAUGCUCUCUCAAACCAUCUGCUUCCGACAGGUAGAGCUUUCUAUAUGCAAAUAAAUCUUUAGUUUCAUGUUCUAUUUUUCAAUUGAUGUCAAAAUUUACUUAGCCCUCCAAAUUUGAGGAUUACUUUUCAUCUUUGCAAUGAACUGCUUGGGUCCAUAUUCUGGUUCA